GGACGAGUAAGCGGAGCAGAGCGAGGGGUGAUGAAAUCAGCUCUUCUCUACCUCUCUUGAAAAAAUCCCUCUUAUUUUUCCUUGUUUGCGAGAGAGAGAGAGAGAGAGAGAGAGAGAGAGUUGAAGAGGAUGGUGGGACCUCAACGCCCUCUCUUCGUUCUCUUCGGUUCUUCCAUCGUCCAGUUUAGUUACAGUAAUGAUGGAUGGGGAUCCAUUCUCUCUGACCUCUAUGCCCGAAAGGCAGACAUUUUGUUCCGAGGAUAUUCUGGGUGGAACUCAAGGCGUGCGGUCCAAGUUCUUGAUCAAAUCUUCCCAAAGGAUGCAACCGUGCAGCCUUCGUUAGUGAUAGUUUACUUUGGAGGUAAUGAUUCAAUGGGAUCUCAUUCGUCUGGCCUAGGUCCUCAUGUACCACUUCCAGAAUACAUUGAAAACAUGAGAAAGAUAGCAAUUCAUCUCAAGAGCCUUUCGGAAAAAACCCGAAUUAUUUUUCUCACCUGUCCUCCUGUCAAUGAGGAAUUAAUUAGCCAAUCAACUAGCACUAUAUUCACUAGGCUGGGACGAACAAAUGAGGCCUGUGGAAGAUACUCAGAAGCAUGUAUAGAUAUGUGCAAGGAGAUGGACUUGAAGGUCAUUGAUCUUUGGACUGCAGUCCAAAAGAGAGAGAACUGGAGAGAGACUUGUUUUAUAGAUGGUAUUCAUUUUUCGUCUGAGGGGAGCAACGUAGUUGUGGAAGAAAUACUCAAGGUCCUCAAGGAGGCCGAGUGGGAGCCGUCUUUGCACUGGAAGUCAAUGCCAACUGAAUUUGCAGAGGAUUCACCGUACGAUGUUAUUGCAAUAGAUGGAAAGACGACUAUCAACAUUUCUGAGUGGGCUUUUCACAGGAAGAUCCAGUGGGACUGAGAUUGAAGAUUUUUUGCCUUUUUCUGCUAUCAGUUGGUGCCGUAUGAACGGAUGUGAUUGCUUCUUACUCAUUCUGAUAAUUAAAGAUACAAAUGGAUGUCUUUUGAAAACAAACUUUAUUGGCCCUGAUUAAAGGUCGUCCUGGCACUUAGCACAGGGAGGAUUAAAUAUCUUCUAAAAAGUGUACUUGGUUAUUAGGAAGUUCA